GAGCCGGAACUCGCCGCAGAAGUGUAAUCUAGGCGGCGGCCGCAGUGAGAGCGAAAACCCGCUCUGUGCGGCCCUACAUUUCCUUAUAAAAUGGACAACUUCUCAGUGCAACAUCCAGAUCUGCUGGCUCUGUUCAUUGAAAGGAUAAUCGAAUGGAAAGCUUUUCUCCAGUGCCUGAAGAAACCUCCGCAAACAUGAUGGGCUCCAUUACCAUGAAUGGGCCUGUUACUGCGCAAAACUUCGUUAUAAAUAUGACGUAUAAUCCUCGCCGGGAACCUGACCGUCCCACAACUGACUGGAACUUCAGGAAGAUCUCUGAAGAAAUGCUUCUGCGUGCUUGUCAAUCACUGCUGUAUCGCAUCAUACAAAAACUCUUCUAAUAAUUGUGAGUCAGGGUUAGGUUGAGGAGGGUCUUGAAGCAGAUAAGGAUCACAUGUAGUAUUGGAUAAUGCAGUGAGAGAUGACUGAAAUACUAUUUUUCCUUUAAUGUAUAUACACUUUAAAAAAUUCUGGGUUAUUUUUUAUACCCAUUCGCUGGGUUAAGUAUUUUAACCUAUUUUGCUGGGUUAUAUUAUCGGUAAUGGCUCAUAUUGACCCAGCGUUUGGGUUCCUUGGGUGACACAAAGUGCACUUGGAAUAUUUGACCCAGCGCUUGGGUUAUCUCCUCAUCUCCUCGCGCUGUUCGAAGCCAAAACGUAACGGUCGAAAGGAGGACGACGUUGGACAGUAUAUGAGUAAUGCAAUGGACAUUUUUGUGAAACAAAAACUCACCAACUGCAAUCUUGAGUGCCUCAUUGAAAAAUUUGCAGAACAGUAUCCCACCACAGCACAGCACUGCAUAUGAAAAUGCGCAGGCCACCAUUGCAUCUGAAAUUGCACAGCCCAACACUGCAUCGGAAAAUACACAGCCAACAUUUGUUCUUAAUCUUUUUCCAGAUGACACGUUUACCAUCAACAGAGACCAAAAAGGCAAUGGCCAUGUCUCUAGUAGAGACAUUUCCCUGUCUCCGUGACCCUGAAGGAAAUGGCUUUGAGGCCUGGUUCAGCCAGGGGCGAAAACACAGGCCUUCCACAGGAUUUCUUGAGGAACGCCUUCGCAAUAUAAGAAAGAGGAUGCGGAGAUUAAGAACUCAGCCCUCCGUAGUGCCUGUCUGUGAGGAGAGGUUGACUUUCAUUCCUACAUCAACUUUGUCUUCUGAGAGAGCAAUUCAGUUAAAAGAAUGGCUAAAAAACAAUACCAGACCACAGGACCAGGUUGAGCAGUAUAUGAAAGCAACUGCUCUUUUUAGGGCUCACUGGAUUCGCCAGAACAGCUCCAAACCAAUAUCUGAGAUUUUAUCAGAGUUCCCUCGUCUAAUGGAUACCCCAGGCAUGAUAUCUCAAGACUUUAGUGUACUUCACCCUGAUGCUGCUGACAAAUUGUGCUCAUCCUGGUUGCCUGACUUUGCUGACAAGAUCCUGGCCUUUGCUAAAAGAGAUGGACGACAAAUGGAUUUACUGAAUUUAGACAACAUGUCUGCAGAUACCAAAGGCACCAUGGCACUGAAAAUUUUACCUCAGAUCAUUCCACCAUCAGUGUACAAGAUUGGCAACAAAACCUUCCGGCCAACUAUUGAGGAAGCCAGAACCUCUUUCAUUGAUGUACAACCAUCUGGAACCAACAUGGUGCAGUACCUACUAAAACAGAGGGAGGAGAAGCCCUUCCCAUUUGUCUUAGAACUUGGAGUUGGUGGACAGUUUUUUGUGGUGGUGAAUGGGGAAGCCCUAGAAGAGCAGACUCUCCUCAAGGCAGUAGAUGUUUGUUUUAAGUCCUUUUUUUGCUUUGACACCCACUUUCCAAAACAGUGUGCCCUUGCCUGGGAGUUUUUGGAGCAGGUAGUUUAUGAGAUGCCUGGUUCCGAAAAUUCAACAAUUCGCUUUUUGCGUGCCUCCAUUUAUGCUGCUGAGGACUAAAUUGUUUAUUAAACUAACUAAUGCAGGUAUUUUGUAUCCAUGUAUGUAUCUAUUUUUAUUUAUUUAUUUAUUUGGUGUAUUGUGAAUUGAUUUGCUACAGUUUAGUAAUUAAUGUACAUUCUUAAUAAUUAAAGCACUGCCUUGUUCUGAAAAUGUAAUUAAACAUUGUUUGAAUUAUUUGAUGCUGGACUAAAUAAAUUAAAUGUUAAAUACAAAUAUUGAUAGUAUUUAUUUAACUUGAUAUUCUGUAAAAUAACUAUUUGCUAUUAUUUUGUCAUCCAAAAGUUUUUUAAUAGUUUUUUAAUUUUCUGCCUGGUUCAGAAUAAAAUGAUCAUUUUUGCUGGCCAUUUAUUAAUUAAAUAAAAUCAUUUCAUAUUGUACAUGUA